AUGCGGAUCCUAGCGCGUUUUGAGGCUAGAAGCGCUCGUUCUGAGCGUUUUUCUUCUACUAGAGCGCCCGCUGUACUUCCUCCACAUGUGCAUAUUCUUGGGAACGAGGCCCCUGGGAACGAGGCCCCUGGGAACGAGGCCCCUGGGAACGAGGCCCCUGGGAACGAGGCCCCUGGGAACGAGGCCCCUGGGAACGAGGCCCCUGGGAACGAGGCCCCUGGGAACGAGGCCCCUGGGAACGAGGCCCCUGGGAACGAGGCCCCUGGGAACGAGGCCCCUGGGAACGAGGCCCCUGGGAACGAGGCCCCUGGGAACGAGGCCCCUGGGAACGAGGCCCCUGGGAACGAGGCCCCUGGGAACGAGGUUCGUGGGAACGAGGCUCGUGGGAACGAGGCUCGUGGGAACGAGGCUCGUGGGAACGAGGCUCGUGGGAACGAGGCUCGUGGGAACGAGGCCCCUGGGAACGAGGCCCGUGGGAACGAGGCUCGUGGGAACGAGGCCCCUGGGAACGAGGCCCCUGGGAACGAGGCCCCUGGGAACGAGGCCCCUGGGAACGAGGCCCCUGGGAACGAGGCCCCUGGGAACGAGGCCCCUGGGAACGAGGCCCCUGGGAACGAGGCCCCUGGGAACGAGGCCCCUGGGAACGAGGCCCCUGGGAACGAGGCCCCUGGGAACGAGGCCCGCGGGAACGAGGCCCGUGGGAACGAGGCCCGUGGGAACGAGGCCCGUGGGAACGAGGCCCGUGGGAACGAGGCCCGUGGGAACGAGGCCCGUGGGAACGAGGCCCGUGGGAACGAGGCCCGUGGGAACGAGGCUCGUGGGAACGAGGCUCGUGGGAACGAGGCUCGUGGGAACGAGGCCCCUGGGAACGAGGCCCGUGGGAACGAGGCUCGUGGGAACGAGGCCCCGGGGAACGAGGCCUGUGGGAACGAGGCCCCUGGGAACGAGGCCCCUGGGAACGAGGCCCCUGGGAACGAGGCCCCUGGGAACGAGGCCCCUGGGAACGAGGCCCCUGGGAACGAGGCCCCUGGGAACGAGGCCCCUGGGAACGAGGCCCCUGGGAACGAGGCCCGCGGGAACGAGGCCCGCGGGAACGAGGCCCGCGGGAACGAGUACCGUGGGAACGAGGCCCGUGGGAACGAGGCCCGUGGGAACGAGGCCCGUGGGAACGAGGCCCGUGGGAACGAGGCCCGUGGGAACGAGGCCCGUGGGAACGAGGCCCGUGGGAACGAGGCCCGUGGGAACGAGGCCCGUGGGAACGAGGCCCGUGGGAACGAGGCCCGUGGGAACGAGGCUCGUGGGAACGAGGCUCGUGGGAACGAGGCUCGUGGGAACGAGGCCUCUGGGAACGAGGCCCGUGGGAACGAGGCUCGUGGGAACGAGGCCCCUGGGAACGAGGCCCCUGGGAACGAGGCCCCUGGGAACGAGGCCCCUGGGAACGAGGCCCCUGGGAACGAGGCCCCUGGGAACGAGGCCCCUGGGAACGAGGCCCCUGGGAACGAGGCCCCUGGGAACGAGGCCCCUGGGAACGAGGCCCCUGGGAACGAGGCCCCUGGGAACGAGGCCCCUGGGAACGAGGCCCCUGGGAACGAGGCCCCUGGGAACGAGGCCCCUGGGAACGAGGCCCCUGGGAACGAGGCCCCUGGGAACGAGGCCCCUGGGAACGAGGCCCCUGGGAACGAGGCCCCUGGGAACGAGGCCCGUGGGAACGAGGCCAGUGGGAACGAGGCCCCUGGGAACGAGGCCCCUGGGAACGAGGCCCCUGGGAACGAGGCCCCUGGGAACGAGGCCCCUGGGAACGAGGCCCCUGGGAACGAGGCCCCUGGGAACGAGGCCCCUGGGAACGAGGCCCCUGGGAACGAGGCCCCUGGGAACGAGGCCCGUGAUGGAAAGCAAGAGAAUGGGGCGGGGUGA